AUGUUCACACGGGGUAUCAUCUGCUACUUGGCUCUCUUGAGCUUGAUGUCCAUAAGUAUUGCCUCAUCUCUACCCUCGGAUACGACAAUAAGCGAUAACUUGGUCACCGGAGUGGAAAUGGUCGAUGAUUUUGAAGAUGUUGACGAUUCCGAUCAGGUGGAAGUCUUUGUUGAAGGUGAUGCCGAUUCGACCACCACAUGGUCCACCUCUUCAUCUUUGAGAAGUAGUACUGGAACUUCGACUCUGAGAACCAGUAUAAGGACGAGUACCAGCACGAGCUUCAGGUCGACCAGCAGCAGUAGCAGUACCAGCAGUAGAGACAUCAUCCUCAGUAUCAGCACAAGCGACACCAGUACCACCGUUAGCGACACUGCGAUCAGUACAAGAAAUGGCGAUAUUGGGACUUUUAGUAACAGCAUAAUCAUUACCAGCACCGAUGUCAGUACCAGCGGCGACACAAUCACCAGCAGUAGCGACGUCAUGACCACUAGCAGCGAUGCUAUUACCAGCAGUGAUAUAGUCAUCAGUACUGGUAGUAGCAACACCAUUCUCAGUGUCAGCAGUGGGGACACCAUCACCAGUACCAGUACCAGCAGCAGUAACAGUCCUAGCGACGCUGUCACCAGUACUAGCAGUACCUCACUACGCAGCUCAAGCAUCAGCAGCAGCGAUAGUGUCACCAGUACCAGUACCAUUAGCACUAGUACCGGGAGAAGCUCCACGCCUGCUUCCGCAACAGACUCCGAGUUGUUCUCAAUCUUGUCUGCUUCGUCAAUCGAAGGUACCACAACGGUGUCAAGUCUGAGUUCAACGGUCUCAGAAAUUGAGAGUCAGAAGAUCUCAGGCGAGGGGGCUACUUCUUCCUCAUCCUCAACCAUUGGUCCUCCAAUUACGGACACAUAUGAUAGUGCUGCACCGGCAACAAAAUCACCUUCAAAUCUCGUCACUCCUUCCGAGAGUGAUUCACAGAGCUCUCGGCAGAGCACGUCCGUCUCUUCUCCGUCACUGACGACGGAUGAUCCGUUAUCUCAACAGUCAAUGCCAAGUUCAAUCUUGUUCAACUCUUCUAUGACUGUUACUCGCUUCUCGACCACGAGUCAUCAUCGGGCGCCCUCAAGCAGUGUUGAAUAUGCUGUCUCUACGUCUACAAGCCAAAUAGUUUCGAACAAUAGUAAUCCACAGACACUUACUUCCCAGCAUACCUCUGUGUCCUCAAGUCAUUUGGUGUCAAACAUUACUGGACUAAAAACGAUCGCUUCCCCAUCUGUGUCUCCAUCCUGGAUUUCAGUUUUUGCUUCUGGAAUUGCUGCAUCCACCCUUGUCACGGCAGUCGUCAACCAAACUAGGCUACAGGUCUCGGGAUCUGGGGCCGCUCCUACCUCUGCUUCGAACGAUUCAGAUAUCACUUCUCAACUUUCCGACAUGGCAAACGUCCAUGCAAUACCUUGGGAUGACCAUGUCGAACGACACAAUGGUUCCAUACCAAUUGCUGAUGGUAAUAUGACAGCACCAGAUGAAUUAUACUUUGCAUUUACCCAAGCAAACAUCGAUGAGUCCAAGGUUAUAGACUUUUAUGAGAGUGAAGUUCAGAAAAUCCACAAAGAAGCGGUCUCUCGUGGGCAAGACCUCACGCAUGGUGGAGGAGAGUGGAGAGUCAUGAACAUCCAGCUCUUUAACGCUACAAAUACCUUAUGCGGCCCUCUUCUACCAGCAUGUCAUGGGCUGCCAAGUCUCAAAGACCUUCAGGAUAGGUUACCAGGGGAGCAGAACCGCGCCCAUGUACGUCGGCUACACUUCAUUAGCGAAUUUGAAUAUCUUUUGCAUCAGCACGAUAUCAUCGCCUAUAGACAACUUGUGACCCGUGUUAUUCGAGCGGUGUUAGUUAAAGUAAAAGACAUCAUCACUUCAGGCACAUUCCAACAGAAGGAAAGUGAUACACAAAGAUGCAAAGCUAUUGGGCAAGCUAUCGAUGCGUCGGUUUCUGUGCUGAUUACAGCCGCGAGCAUAGUCCUUGGUGGCGAGCUCGCUACAACCUGGGAUGCCGCUAAGGGCAUAGCUGACAUUGGUCAACGUUUUGUUGCCUUUGAAAAGGGUGAAACUUUUAAAGGUAGUGGAGUUCUAUUCAGAAGCCUUAAAUAUGGGAUGGCGAUACAACAUGACAUUUUUGGCCGUUUAGUAUCCCACUUUGCUAGUCCGGGUAUGCCGCAUGGUGGCAUCAAGUCGAAAUGGCUUACCACUGGAGUAUCGACUAAUCCAUUCUGUACGACUUUUUCCGGCGACUAUCCAGAUCUCAAUGAAGAAAAUAUAGAGGCGCUGAAGAAGGUGGUCCAUGAAUUUUUUGAAGAUACACUCGACAAGUUUGCUAAUGAGUACUUCGACACUAUGUAUAAUGGUGCAGGCCCUGAUAAAGAUGGACAGACCAUGACAUCUCUUAUGAUGAGAAACAGGCAAUGGACGGGUAGAGAUUCUGUGAUAGAGACGCUGAACCAGGCUGUUGACAAGCGUCACGGUCCAAUGACCACAUGGGUGAUUGAGCGCUUGUUGGGUGAGGUUGCUUCGCAAGACAGAAAUAUGAUGAUUUGCGUCCUCAGCGAUACAACUUGUUCAGAUCCCAAAAGUCCAAAAUUCAAGCACAACGGGGUGUAUCUGGAGCCAACUCCACUUCUGGACGGCGUGAAAAUGUUGGGCGAUACCACCAUUUACGAUUUAAUGCGUCAAAGUUUUGAGCACUAUCGAAGAUUCGGUAAUGCUGAACCUGAGAUGGAUAUAGGCGACAAAGGCUCAAGUGAGAGAAAGCUUGGCUUCGGUGGCUUUCACUUACCUGUUUGCAUGUCGCCUCACGGCAUAAGUAGAGACAUCACUGUAUGGAACGGAAAGAACGCAUAUCUCAUACCGAUGAUAUGCGGUGGUCCCACCGGCGAGGAAACGCAACUCUUUUUCGACAGGAUGGGUUUGUCUCUCGGCAGUCCGCAGAGAGACGACAAGUGGAGGACAGAGACAGUCCCUCGUUACUUUUGGGUGAUGGAUCCAGGUCCAAUGACUUGGUUCAGCGGACUUUGCCACCAUGACCUCCGUUGGCCAAAGCGGUCAGAAACAGGUCGUAUCAAGAAUGGUGCACACCCUUUAUGUUCGAGCAUUUUGGGUCAGCUUCAGGACAUGAGUUUUGAAGAGGGCAAUAGGUGGUUCUGUAGUGAAGCUCCAGAGCCUUCGCAAGUCCGAUUAGACGCGGGAAGGGAGGUUUAUCUCUCACAAUCGCACCCUAUAGCAGAUAUAGUGUAUCCUUACGCUUCAAUGUGUAAGGACUUCAACAAACGAUGCCCAACGAGUAAGGCUGGCAGGUGCGACAUAAAACAUUACUCUUAUCUAGGUAAUGGUACCGAAUACAUGCCUGGGAAUCCAAGGCUUGAUGGCGACGAAGAUUAG